AAAGUGAAAGUACUAUUAAAUGGUGUGCCAUUAAGAUUCAUCAUUGAUUCUGGAUCAUCUGUUGAUUGUAUGGGAAGAGAUUCAUGGGAAUUUCUCAAAACAAAAGAAAAAGAACUUGAUAUUCGCUGGUAUUCUGAGAAAACUGAUAUAAAAUUAUAUGUAUAUGGAUCAGAGGAACCAUUGAAAGUAUUGGGUAAAUUUUAUGACAAUGUGAAAUUAGAUGAGAAGCAGAUUAAAGAAGUGGAAUGGAAUUUAUUGUGA